AUUUUUGUGUUUUUUUUUUCUUGCUUGAAGUCGCCACUCAAAAAGUCACUGACUUUUAAGUGCAAGUCGCCUUUAUCGGUAACCUUUGUCUUAAAACAUUGUCUAUUGUCUUUUUAUUUUUUUUCUAUUUUAGACAUCCUCACUCUCUACAUGUUACCAUGGGUGUCAUACAUGAAUGGCAUACCUCACGACUGAAACCGCUGUACUGGGUCCUUAUCACAGAAGGGUUCAUUAUCUUCUUCUUCAACUCUCUCUCACUCGUCACCUUCGCCGCCAACCCAAACCUGCGCAGGCGCAGUGCGUACUUCCUAAUCAGUGUCGCCAUAGCCGACGCCAUGGUGGGGUUUGCAGCUAUCUUUUGCUAUGGUUUCAUCUUAAUGGAUGAAUACGCAGCCGGCUGGCGAUUCACUGGGGAGUUCCUCUGGAUUGCCUCCUCGUCUGCGUCUAUCAAUGGCCUGGUUUUGAUCGCUGUUGAGCGGCUACACGCCACAUUUCGACCAUUGCAUCAUCGGCGGGUGCUUCAACGCUUCUAUCACUGCGGAGUCUGUGUCCAGUGGAUCGUAGCGAUACCUCUAGGAAUAUGUUUCGCCGCCACCGCAAAUGCAAUAUUAGUUAUCUGGUUACGAAAUUUCGUAGCGUUUCUAAGCCUAGGGAUUUUAUGCAUCUCGUAUUUGAUCAUCUUCGUCAAUGUCAGCCGACAGCGCUUGCACCACGGUUCGCCAAACUCAACGAGGCGCGAUCGUGUGCUCGCGAAGACUCUCUUUAUUGUGACGGCUCUCUCGCUGGUCACGUGGUUACCAGACUUAUUGUUUCAUCUUGUUCCCGGAUAUACUGAGCAUCUACUUGUUCACGAGGUUUUGAUGGGUGUGAGGCUGCUGAAUUCUAUAGUCAAUCCCAUAGUUUAUGUGCUUCGUAUGCCUGACUUUAGGAAAACUUUGGCUAAGAUUGUAUAUCAUCCAUUGUGGCCGUGUAAAAAAGAUGAAGUCGUGGCAAUCAGUACCGCCGGUGAUCAUGCGAUGGCACAGGUAAACCGCGUGUUUAAUUGACAAAGGCGAUUGAAUCAUGCGGAGAUCACGUGAACAAUAUUGCCAUGGUGACUGCAGCUAGAAUGGUAGCACGUCCUUAACAAAAGAAGCUAUUAAUAUCACAUGCAGAUCACGUGAACAAUAUUGCCAUGGUGACGGCAGCACGAACUUAAUCACAUGUAGAUCACGUGGACAAUAUUUGACUAUGGUGAUUUACACCUGGAAUGUACGAUCAAUAUCACGUGCCUAGAUCACGUGAACAAUUUUACCAUGGUAAUGGUGAGCGUGCAUCACAAGGUACACAAUAACAUCCUGCACGGGUGAAAUAAGCAACGAUACCAUGGUGAUUAACGGCUUGAAGGCAACGAUACCAUGGUGAUUAACGGCUUGAAGGCAACGAUACGAGUAAUUCGUGAUCAGUAUGAAUCGGUAUCACGCGCUGGUCACGUGUCGCAGGUAGACCAAGUCCAGAAAUAUCGAGGUUAGGUAUCACGCCAUGCCGAGCAGAUCACGGGAACAAUGUAAACUAUAAGAUGCGUAACGUGCAUCUAAUUAUCAAGGGAGCGUCGGGGUCACGUGGCGAUCACGUGGCAAUCACGUGAACAUCGUUAGACUGAAGCACGGCUUAUAAAAAGUAUUUACAAAUGUAAUAUAUUUACAUUAAAUGGCAGUAAAAGGCCAGAUAGAUUUA